AUGGAAAAAAAAAGUAUGAAUACGGAACGUGGGGUGAAGGAGCCUAAAGAAGUAAAUCACGAAGCUAUUGAAGAGAAUGUUGAAGAAAUGAAUGAAAAUCGAAGUCAGUCUAUUAACACCCAAAAAGACAGCGACCAGACAAUCCGCCAACGCAAAAUCUCUUCAGAACUGGUUGACGCAGGAAAUGUCGUUAGAGACGCUCUUGCCACCUUCAAAUCCUCGCUAAAAAGGAACCCAUUACAGCCUAUUCAGCAAGACCAUGAUUGCGAUUUAUACGGAAAACUAUUAGCAAAUAAGUUGCGAAAAUUAUCUGAAAAGAAUAGAUUGAAGUUGAUGCGCGACAUUGACGGCAUGUAUUUACGAUGCCAAUUUGAUGACCCUUUAGUGAUGACUCCAUCGCCACCUAAUUUUAAUGAACCAAGACCGGGCACAUCAUCAUCUACGCAUUCAGAGCCUACAUUUCAUUAUGGGCAGGCGAAUCAAAAUACUUAUUACCAAAAUAGAUAA